GAAAAAGGGGUGAUUCAAAAAACAAGAAAACUUGAUAGUUUUUUCACAAAUUUAAAAACAGACUCAUCAACAUCAACUACUACUCUCACAUUAACUACAAGUACUUCAACGGGUUCAACUUGUCAUCCCAAUUCUGAAUUAGAUAUUACACCUAGCCCUAUCAUUUUUUCCGUUUCAACACCUUAAGAAUUAGAGAAAGAAAGCCACGCAGGUGAUGCUGGAGAUCUGAUUUCCGUAGAUAUAGCUAAAUUUACAGCCCCGAAAUGUUCGGUAUCUCUUGAUAAUAUAAUUGUAAAUACCGAUCCUGCCAAAUGGGUAAUAAACGAGACGACAAUAGACCAACUACUUUCGAGAGAUAUCGAUCAGAACAUACCUGAAGAUUUUUCUGUCACAAGGAAGUAUUACUCCUCAGUAAGUGGAUAUCGGUCAUUGACAAAACUUGCAUUUGAAAGAAAAAUGAAAAAUAGAAAACUGCACAGAAAAUAUUUAUGCUAUUCUUCGAAUAAAAAGGCAUUUUUUUGCAUUCCAUGCCAUUUAUUUGGUAAAGGUAGUUUAAAAUUUGGUACAGAUGGAUAUGAUGAUUGGAAUAAUGUACACAGCGGUCUAACCUCCCAUAAAAAUUCCACAGAGCAUGUUCAAAGCUAUAGCACUUUCUUAAACAGAAGUAAGUUGAAAAAUCGAAUAGAUAAAGGGCUCCAACUACAAAUUCAAAAUGAAAUGAAUUAUUGGCGAAAUAUGCUUCAACGAGUUGUAGCGGUAGUAAAAAAAACUUGGUAGUCGAGGACUACCAUUUAGAGGGAAGAAUGAGAAAUUUGGGUCAAAUAAGAAUGGGAAUUUUAUGAUGUGCUUGGAGCUUAUUGCAGAAUUCGAUCCUUUCAUGUCUAAUCAUAUAGAUGCUUAUGGAAACCCGGGUCGAGGUAAGACAUCCUAUCUGUCUUCUACAAUUUGCGAAAAGUGUAUUUCCUUGAUUACAAAAAAAGUAUUAAGUGUGAUUAUUGAUGAAGUAAAUCGUAACAAGUAUUUUUCCAUUGUUGUUGAUUCAACGCCCGAUAUCAGUCACGUGGAUCAACUGUCGUUUGUAAUCAGAUAUGUAAAACGAGAAAUUCAAGAAGAUACGCCAGCCGAAGUUGAACGAUUUUUAAAAUUUAUACCCAAUAUUGGACAUAAGGUAAAAGACAUGCUAAAUGCAGUUAUAGGUACACUGGAAGAAUUUGGUUUGAAUUUACAGGAUUGCCGUGGUCAAUCUUAUGAUACCGCCGCAAACAUGUCUGGAUGUUACUCAGGGUUAAAAACAAGGAUACAAAACCUAAAUCCAUUAACAAUUUAUGUACCAUGUGGAGGACAUAGUCUAAACCUCGUUGGAUUGUCCGCGGUCGAUUCUAUCAAAGAAGCGGCAUUUUUUUUUUUUGAUUACUUAGAAGCCAUCUAUGAUUUUUUUGCAAAAUCUACUUAUCGGUGGCAAUUGAUGAAACAGAAACUGAAACCAAAUCAGAAGGUAGUAAAAAGAGCUACUGGAACUAGGUGGUCAAGUCGUUAUAAUGCAUGUUCUUCUUUUAAAAAUAGUUGGGAAGAAUUUAUGGCAACAUUGAAUGAUAUAGAAAAUAAUAAUUCUGAAAAACCCAUAAAUCGUAGAAAAGCUGCAGGUUUAAAAAACAACUUUAGUACCUUUGAGUCGGUCUUUAUGGCUGUAUUUUGGACUUCUCUGCUAGAACGAUUCAAUAAAACAAGCACAAUUUUACAAUCAACAUCAGUUAACUUGGAACAUGUUGUUGAUCUAUACAAAUCUUUAGUUGGUUAUGUGAGUGAAAUAAGAACUGAUGAAAUGUUCCAAAAAUUCAUUGAUGAAGCAAAAAAAAAUUAGAAAAGAAGAAUAUG